GGUCUGUGAGCUAGAACUUGGCCAAACUUCGCCAAACCACUUAUUUUCUCUCACAACUCUCUUAUAUCUUCCCCAAGCCCCCAAACCACAACCAACCAAACUACCCAAAAGAGAAAAAGUUAGAGAACCCUAAUCCCUCUCUCCCUCCCUCCCUCUCCCUCUCUGUAUAUUUCUCGCUUUCUUUGUUGAGGUUUGUGCUGAUUUGCUGUGGUGACUAUUAGGGUUUUGUUUCUGCUUUUAGCAACUGCAUACCAAAGGUCAUUUUUUGUUCUCUCUCUGUGUGUUGGAUUUUGGUUUGAGGUUAUGGGUUGAAGAGAAAAUUUUGAUGGAGUGGGACAGCGGUUCUGAUCUGAGCGGCGACGAGGAAGGAGGAGGAGGAUUUCUGUUGAACGAUGGGGGCCCCUUUCCAUUUCCUCUCACUAAUUUGCUCCAACCAGCGCCUUGUGGAUUCGUGGUCUCCGAUGCUUUAGAACCGGACCAUCCGAUUAUAUAUGUCAAUUCCGUCUUCGAGAUGGUCACCGGGUAUCGAGCCGAAGAGGUCCUCGGCCGGAAUUGUCGUUUCUUGCAAUGCAGAGGCCCAUUUGCAAAAAGAAGGCACCCGCUGGUGGAUUCUACUGUAGUUUCAGAAAUAAGAAGAUGCCUUGAAGAUGGUGUUGAAUUCCAAGGCGAUUUGUUAAAUUUUAGGAAAGAUGGAUCUCCAGUGAUGAAUAGGUUGCGGUUGACACCUAUAUGUGGAGAUGAUGAUGCAAUUACUCAUUUUAUUGGUAUCCAGUUCUAUACUGAAGCAAAUCUUGAUCUGGGUCCACUUCCUGGAUCUUCAGCAAAGGAGUCAGCAAGAAUAUCUAACCGUUUCCAUUCCAGUCUUUCCUCCUGGCAGCCAAGUAUAGAUGGGAACCGAAGUAUUACUCGAGGGGCUUGUGGAAUUCUGCAAUUGAGUGAUGAGGUCCUUUCUCUCAAGAUUCUUUCGCGGUUGACUCCAAGAGAUAUUGCAUCUGUGGGAUCCGUUUGCCGGCAACUCUAUGAGAUAACAAAGAAUGAGGACCUUUGGAGAAUGGUCUGUCAAAAUGCUUGGGGCAGAGAAACAACUAGAGUUUUAGAGACGGUUCCAGGAGCGAAGAGACUUGGGUGGGGUCGACUGGCAAGGGAACUCACCACUCUUGAAGCAGCAGCAUGGAGGAAGCUUACUGUUGGUGGCGCUGUCGAACCUUCUCGUUGCAAUUUCAGUGCAUGUGCAGUUGGGAAUAGGGUGGUUCUUUUUGGCGGAGAGGGUGUCAACAUGCAGCCAAUGAACGAUACCUUUGUAUUGGACUUAAACUCUAGCAAACCAGAGUGGCAACAUGUCAAAGUGGGCUCCCCGCCUCCCGGUCGUUGGGGUCACACGCUUUCUUGUGUCAAUGGAUCUCAUUUAGUUUUAUUCGGCGGCUGUGGAACACAAGGUUUAUUAAAUGACGUCUUUGUACUGGAUCUGGAUGCAAAGCAACCAACUUGGCGUGAAAUCUUCAGCCUCGCCCCUCCACUCCCACGAUCAUGGCAUAGCUCCUGCACUCUUGACGGGACAAAGCUGAUUGUUUCGGGUGGCUGUGCGGAUUCCGGAGUACUCCUUAGUGACACGUUUCUGCUCGAUCUCUCAAUGGAGAAGCCCAUCUGGAGGGAGAUACCAGUCACAUGGACUCCACCUUCUCGUUUGGGUCACACUCUAUCCGUUUACGGCGGUAGGAAGAUUCUGAUGUUUGGUGGUCUGGCUAAGAGCGGGCCACUCCGGUUCCGGUCGAGUGAUGUCUUCACUAUGGAUCUGAGUGAGGAUGAACCUUGUUGGAGAUGUGUGACUGGGAGCGGAAUGCCUGGUGCUGGAAAUCCAGGUGGCAUAGCUCCUCCUCCCAGGCUUGAUCAUGUGGCUGUGAGCCUUCCAGGGGGAAGAAUACUGGUGUUUGGUGGGUCCGUGGCGGGUCUUCACUCGGCCUCACAGCUUUAUAUCCUGGACCCAACUGAUGAGAAGCCUACGUGGAGGAUAUUAAACGUGCCUGGGCGACCUCCGCGAUUUGCUUGGGGACACAGUACAUGCGUUGUUGGAGGGACAAGGGCCAUAGUUCUUGGCGGUCAAACAGGAGAGGAGUGGAUGCUAACUGAUCUUCACGAGCUAUCUUUGGCAAGUUCUGUUGUCUGAUUGGGAGAAACGCAAAGCAAGCUUUGGCAAUGAGCAGACAAGGAAUCCCUUGACCUCAGGAAGUGAAACUGCCUCAUUUGUCUAUUGGUGGAGAAUGUGCAUAAUAUGAAGAUGCUCGACAGACCUAGCCGCGGUCCUUGGUGCAUUUUCUUGUGCUAAGGUACUUGUUGCUUGCAAUGAACAUUUCGUUUGAUUUUGUAAGUUAUGUGCAGCUGCUGUACAACAUACUUUGGACAAUCCCGUUUUCUAGUUUGGUAGUGCUUGAAUAGAAUAGUGGGUACAAUACAUGUAGGUUUAGUAUCUGUGUUGUUAGUAUGCAAUCUGUAGAUUGGUGGGUAUAAUAUAUGUAGGUUUAGUUUCUGUAUUGUUGGAGAAAGAAAACAAAAAAGGGAAAACCGUGUUGUCAUAUUGUUGCACAUGGUAACUGCGCAAGCUUUGGCCCA